GAUCUAUGCAACAAGGAUAUGGUCAACAAGGAUCCAUGCAACAAGGAUAUGGUCAACAAGGAUCUAUGCAACAGGGAUCUGUGCAACAAGGAUAUGGUCAACAAGGAUAUGGUCAACAAGGAUCUGUGCAACAAGGAUAUGGUCAACAAGGAUCUAUGCAACAAGGAUAUGGUCAACAAGGAUCUAUGCAACAAGGGUAUGGCCAACAAGAAUAUGGCCAAGGAGGGUAUGGCCAACAAGGAUAUGGUCAACAGGGAUAUGGCCAACAAGGAUAUGGUCAACAGGGAUAUUCCCAACAAGGAUAUUCCCAACAAGGAUAUGGACAACAGGGAUAUGGCCAACAAGGAUAUUCCCAACAAGGAUAUGGACAACAGGGAUAUGUCCAACAGGGAUAUGGCCAACAGGGAU